UCCCAUCUCGUUACGUGUGGUGUCAGUUGUGUUUGUGUAGCAGUUCAACUACAGGUAUGCCAAGUUACAAGAAUAUAGACGGUGUGUUUGAAGACAACAUCUCGGACAAGGAGAGGAUUGACCGCUAUUCUCACAUAGCGUCUAACUAUGAACAGGAUGUGGUCGAGGAGGGCUACACGGCCCAUGUGACCACUGCCGGGGCCAUUGGGGAGUUGUACCCGGACGGAAGGGAUACUAAAGAGAUAUUGGAUAUCGCCGCCGGAACCGGAUUCGUCGCUGAAGAGUUGACGAAGCUAGGAUUCCGCGUGAUGGACGCCUUGGAACCCUCUGAAGGAAUGUUGGAGCUGGCUGGAAAGAAAGGGUUAUACCGCAAUAUGUAUAACAAAGGACUAUCCAAGGAACCCUUACCAUUUCCUUCUGACAAGUAUGAUGCCAUUACUAUCUGUGGAUGGCAUGGUAGUGCCGAUCCUUUAGCCGAUUCACUCUUGGAAAUGGCCAGAGUCGUUAAACCAGGUGGUUUUGUGUGUAUCGUGACGAGAAUGCAUUACGUUCAAAACCUGGAUAACUACAAAGAGACAUUCUUGCCGGAGUGUGUUAAACUGGAGGCGGAUGGCAAAUGGAAACAAUUGGAGUUCAAAGGAUUUCAAGGCUACCCCUUCAAUAACGAGGGCGUCAAGAUGGUGUUCCAAGUCUGUUGAAUGAAAAUUUGACAGUGCUAUAUCCAUUCUUUUUUUAUAUUUUCUGUGGUUGAUUUUGAUGCUCGCAGCGUU